AUGGAGGACCGUCCCCAUCUGUCGAUCACCCUACCGCGGAACUUCAUGUUCCAUUACCAGGACGGCCAGCCGCCACGGACCCCAGAGCCGGAGGCGCAGCUAGAAGAAAUGCAACCGCCGCCUCCGCCUCGACAAGUGCUCAAGGUCCGCCGUCGCCGCACAACCUUCGUUCCGACUCAGAUAUUCAACGACCCGGACGAUGGCAUGCCCAUCCCCACUAUCGAGGGACCGGAGCUUCACUCUGACGCCUCAGCAGAGCUUCCCACGUUUCAACCUGACGUGGACAACGAAUACCUAUCUCCAGCAUUGACUUGGAGCCGUAUGCUCUCGCCACCGAAGACGCCUGUGUCGCAGAUGGGCAGCUUGAGCAGCUUCGACGGUCUGCAGCACUGGUCCGAAAUGGAUCAGGCCAGCCAGAGCGAGACUUCGAGCAGACCAACAUCAUCCUCCGGGUUUUCUGAUUCUUCUCGCUCUUCCUUCGACAGCUUUGACUCGUUCCCUUCGCUCGGAGGAAGCUGUACAAGCUCUGAAGAUGAGAAGAUGGACCCCUUCAUCUUCUGUUCUCCUGCCACCAAGCACACCCCCAUGUUGAGUUCGCCCCUAGUUACUCAACAACGACAGCAAGCGAAGCUCAAGCUGAAGGCCACUUUCACCGAGGAGAUGGAUUAUCACCUGUGGAUGACUUACAUGAAAUACCUUCAGGACCCUACUGUGACCCCUUUCAAGGCACUUCCUACUACCAUGCCACCGAAUGGUGUAUGCCAUCGCGUCGCUCGUCUGGCGAGGCACACCUGGAAGGGUCCGCGGAAAUCACCCACAGCAUCUGGUGUGCGUUUCGCUUCGCGUGUCGUUUCUCGCAGCGGCACUCCUGAUACAAUUAGGCCUGCCAAGAGUGGCAGCAGCACUCCAGUGCCGGGAGCCAACAAGCCAUACGCACGAUUUCCGGCAGAGAAGCAGGUUCGGAGGCGUUUGAGGUACCUGGCUAAGCAGAAGCCGACGCUCUCUGCUCACUAUCAACGCUUGAUGCAUCGCUCACCUUCGCCACUCCAGUCGUCACCGCCGCCUGAGCCAUGUCGACCUGGUGUGUUGUCGUCACCAUUCUCGCAGCCGGCUCCUAGCUUUUCUACGCGUGAUAUGAACAUAUCGUUGGCGACAAGCACUGCGCCAUCUAUGCAGGCUGGCAACCCUCUGGCACAGUUAGCCACCAGCAAAACGCCUCGACCCGCAGAGGUCGAGAGGGCUCAUAUGCGAGCUUCAGCACACCAAAAGUCCCAAUCUCUCCACAUCGGACUCGGCUUGGGCUUGAGCAACGUGUUCGGAUCUUCUCUGGAUAGUAACCCCCAGUCGAACGACGUAGUCAUGACGCAGCCCAGUGCUCGGACGUGGCAUGCGGCAUCGGCACGCCCUCCCAAGCUGGGCUCUCCUGUGCAACUGCACGCGCCGCGACCCAUGUCGCGUGCUUUCAAGCGCAGGGCUCUGCACAGCUUCGAAGACCAGACCCGAAAUCGAGGCAACAGCUUCAUCAGCCAAGUCUUCGGUGCACCCGCGGAGUCUAGCCACCGCCGCGUACGAAGCCGGGGCUUCAGUCUGGGCGACAUGGUGGAAGGCUCCCGCCGACUGCCUUUGUCCACCAGCGGACCAGCUGGAUUCAACCCGUUCGCGAACCCACCAGUAGCUACUCAACAGCUUUCUCCAGUCAGCCCCGCAGAAGUCCAAGGACGUGCCACUAUCCGUCUUGGUUCGCCGUUUGGUGGUCGACCGAGCAACACAUUCCCGCGAGCAUCGACAUCGCAUGGUUUCGAACUUCCCACUUCGUUUGAGCAACGCUUUGCCGCCUUACCCAGCGAUCCUGCCACUCUGCACCGUUAUUAG